AUGUUUCAACGACCAGCUUGUUUGCAAGGCCGACGACAGCGCAAUCGCGCGGCCGAGGAUUGGUCUGCAUUUCCCAUUCGGCAAUUAUUCGUCUUAGCACUUGUUCGAAUUUGCGAGCCCAUUGCUUUCAUGUCGAUUUUUCCCUAUGUGUAUCACAUGGUGGAAUCGUUCCAUGUAACGGACAAUGAUCAAAAAAUUGCGUUUUACGCCGGCAUGAUCACCUCGUCCUUCACCUUUGCUGAAUUCUCCGCUGGCAUGUUCUGGGGCCGGAUGAGUGACCGGAUCGGCCGCAAGCCGGUGCUCGUCAUGGGUCUCAUUGGCACGGCUAUUAGCAUGGUCGCCUUUGGAUUUGCGCCCAACCUGGCGACGGCGAUGAUUGCGCGAGCCCUGGGUGGACUGUUGAACGGGAAUAUCGGAGUGCUUCAAACGACGGUGGCGGAGAUUGUGACGGUCAAGGAGCACCAGCCCCGAGCAUACUCGAUCAUGCCGUUCGUGUGGUGCCUGGGCUCGAUCAUUGGGCCGGCUAUGGGCGGUGCAUUGGCCCAACCCUGCGACAACUACCCGUGGCUGUUCUCGCGUAACACGCUCUUCGACCGGUUCCCGUUCCUGCUGCCCAACCUGGUGUGCAUUGUCGUGCUUGUGUGCGGGAUUGUGGUCGGAUUCCUGUUUUUGGAGGAGACGCACCCCGAAAAGAAGCACCGAAGAGAUCCCGGCCGUGAGUUGGGCCACUGGUUGAUCAGCCUGUGCUGUGGCUCGCGUGUGCAGCUCCCCGACGAUUCCGACGUGGGGGUGGAGGAGACCAAGUACUUUGUGUAUGGCGAUGUCCCGCCCGAAUACGAAAGUGCCGAAUCAUCGCCCUGCCUGCGCCCCGUGACCGUGAGCGUGGGAGCAACAGAGUGCGACGUCGACGUCGAGGGACAGAAACCGGCCGCGCCCAAGGCGUUCACUCGACAAGUCAUCUUCACCAUCGUUGCUUACGGCAUUCUCGCCUAUCACAGCGUGUCCUUCGAUCAGCUGAUGCCGGUCUUCCUCAGUACGCCCAAGUCCGACGAUGCGAUCGUCCUGCCCCUCAAGUUUACCGGUGGUCUUGGUCUGCCAACGAAGACUAUCGGCUUCAUGUUGGCCGUCCAAGGAGUUUAUUCCAUGAUCGCUCAACUCUGGCUCUUCCCAUUCGUCGUCAAGCACUUUGGCACCUUGCGCACGUUCCGCUUCGUCCUGCUGGCAUGGCCGCCGCUCUACCUGGCCGUGCCCUAUCUCAUCCUACUCCCCGCUAAACUCCAGAUGCCCGCCGUCUACGUCGCCCUGAUCAGCAAGAUUACCUUCCACGUGAUCGCCUUCCCCGCUAUCGCCAUCUUGCUGGCCAACGCUGCUCCCACGUCAAAGGUCCUCGGUUCCAUCAACGGCGCUGCUGCCUCUACCGCUAGUCUCAGUCGUGCCUUUGGGCCGACGGUGACGGGACUACUGCACUCAAGGGGUCUGCUGAGCGGUUACUCCGUGCUGGCAUGGUGGGCCUGCGGACUAGUCUGCGUUGUUGGUGCCAUCCAAAGUUUCUGGAUGGAGGAGUCGCCCGAGCCUGAGCGCUUCAAGGAUCAGGACUCCGAUGUCAGCGAGGCGGAGCUCAAACAUGAAACCAUGUCGAAUGAUUCCUAUGCUGGCAGAGAUUCUAUUUCCCAGGAAGAGCAACGCCUGCUCUCUUUGCGCUCCAGCCUUGAUCAGGAAUUCGACGUUUCCACCUUGAGCUUGAACCCGAUCCACGAUUUCUCUACUCCCCCGGAGACCGACUUGUCUUCUACUCCUCGCCUCUAA